AUGCGCGUAUCAACACAGGCCCUCCUGGCCCUCCUCGGUGCUGCUGCUACCGCCUCGGCCUCCGCGCCGGCGGCUCCCCUCGACCUCGCCGAGUGCCUCAACACCCGCGCCGCCUCGCUCGCCAGCCACGCCGCCUGCGGCCAUGCCGGCAGCAUCGAAUUCUGCCUCGAGAACCGCCUGCCGACGUCCUCGCACGACAUCUCCGCCGCGGUCCUGGCCCAGUGCUUUGUCAACGCCGGCUGCCAGCCCGACGAGGCCCUGAUCGAGGCCACCUGGACCAUCCAGCAGUGCGCGCGCCCCGCCGCGGAGAAGAAUGCGGCCGCCGCCGAGCUGCGCCGCCGCAAGCCCGUCGCCAACCCGGUGCCUGUGCCGACGCCGACCGCCGCCGCUGAUGCCAAUGCCGAUGCCAAGUACCUCGCCGCCACCCCGCUCCUGCCGCGCGCCGACAGCACGUUUACCGGCACCCACACGACCUCGCUGAUCUGCCUCACCACCACCACCGUCUCCACCACCGUCUGCCCCGUCCAGUCCACCGGCCCCGCCGCCGGCAAGACCACCCUGUCCUGCUUCUCCACCGUCGCCCUCUUCCCCACCUGCGCCGCCGGCCUCAGGUGCGACACCGACAGCGCCCUCGGCGAGACCACCUGCAUGAAGCUGGAAAACAACCCCGGCGCCGCCGGCAUCGUCAUUGCCAUUGUCUUUGCCUCGGGCCUCGUCAUUGCCGUCACCACCAUGUGCUUCUUCUGCUGCCGCGAGCGCCGCCAGCACUCCCGCAUGGCCAAGGCCGCCGAGGCCGCCGCCAUUGCGCGCCAGGCCGCCAUUGACAGCAAGAAGCCCAGCGCCGGCGUCCGCAACAUUGGCGGUGGUGGUGACGCCCAGCCCCUGAUGCCGCCGCCGCACCAGCACCAGCAGCACCAGCAGAGCCAGUACCUGCCGGCGUCGGCGUCGACGACGACGCUGGGUGCCGGCAGCGUUCUGCGCGGCAGCGAGACGAGCGGCGACAUUGCGACGGGGCCCAACCCGUUUGCGGACCACCAGCAGCUGCGGUAG